AAAGAUUAAUUACGAGCUAGUUGUGAGUUUUAAGAUAAUAUAAAAAGAAUAUAUGCAUGUAAAAAAAAAAUGUGAGUAUAUAAAUAUCCCAUUGAUAUCCUGAAGAAGCAGCACAUUUUUGAGAGAUGGCAGUGAGCUUAAAAGGCUGUUACACCGUGAAGCCUUGGGAGAAAACAUGGUGCGGACGCUUAGCUUUAUCCGAAUUGGAUCAAACAGGACAAGUAACCCACGUUCCCACACUCUACUUCUACCACCCCCCAGAAAACUGCAUGUACUCCACCAUUGCUUCCACCUUGAGAGACUCACUGAGCCGAGUCCUGGUGCCGUUUUAUACCCUAGCCGGUCGUUUACACUGGAUAAACAACGGUCGUUUAGAGCUCCAUUGCAACGCCUCGGGGGUUUCCUUCAUUGAAGCCGAAUCCUCAUCGAGUUUACAACAUCUCAGAGACGACUUUAACUUGUACCACCUCCUUUUUCCCACCGUGGACUACACGCUCCCAAUUCACCAAAAUCCGUUGCUUCUGAUUCAGCUAACGAGGUUCUCCUGCGGCGGCGUCAGCAUCGGCAUCACGAUUUCGCACGUGGUGGUGGACGGAACCAGCGCCUCGCACUUCGUUUGCGAGUGGGCGAGGCUGGCGCGCGGGGAGCCUCUGCAAACGGCGCCGUUUCAUGACCAGAAGGUGCUGCGCGGCGGGGAGCCUCCUUCGGUGCCGCUAACGGAAUGCGACGUGCACGCGGAGUUCGAUCGCCCUCCGUUGCUGCUCGGGAAAAACGACAACGCCGAGGAAAGGAAGAAGAAAACGACGAUGGCUGUUCUGGAACUGAGCAAAACGCAAGUUGAGACGUUGAGAAAGAGAGCGAAUGGCAAUUAUAGCCGUUACGAGAGUGUAGCUGGUCACAUAUGGAGAAGUGCAUGCAUGGCUAGAGGGCUUAAAGAGGAGCAACCAACCCUGAUUAGUAUCACCAUUGACUUGAGGCGUCGCAUGAAACCACCUUUGCCAGAAGGGUAUUUUGGGAAUGCGAUUUUGGACGCAGUUGCUUCUGGCCUUGUGGGUGAUUUGGUGUUGAAGCCGUUGGGGUAUGCGUGUAGUAUAAUAAGGGCUGCGAUUGAGAAAGUGAAUGAUGAGUACGUUAGGUCGGGGAUUGAGUUUCUGAAGAAUCAAGAGGAUUUGCGUAGGUUUCAUAAGGAUUCUAUUGCGCAAGGGAGUGAGAACGAGGCUUUCUAUGGGAACCCUAAUUUGGGUGUGGUUAGUUGGUUGACUUUGCCCUUAUUUGGCGUUGACUUUGGGUGGGGAAAGGAGGUUUAUAUGAGACCAGCAGCACAUGCCUUCGAGGGAGAGUUUCUUCUUCUUCCUUGUCCAGAUGGGGAUGGAUCUUUUGUGGUUGCUUUAGGUCUGCAAGUGGAGCAUAUGGAUGCGUUUAAGAAGAUUUUUUACCAGGACAUUGAGUAAGAAUCAAGGGAAUUCAAUAUUGCAAGCUUCCUCGUCUUUUUCACCUUUUGUAUUAGAAUCCAUUAAUUAUUGGGUGGUUUUAGACUUGCAUAUCAUCUUUAAUGUAUUUUUAUAUAAUAUAUAAUUAAGUAUUCUCAUAAAUUAAAAAAAUUUAAAUAUAUAUCAUAUAAUAAUUGAUCGGGAUCAUAAACAUGUGGUGGUACUAAUCCAUCCGAUAAUUUUUCAUU